CUAAGGAACGAAGAAAGUUGUUUCAAAAUACUAAAGGAAUUUGGUUUCGAGUGUAUUAAAUAUUUCCUCAAUGGACAAAUCCAAAGGCAAGCAUCGUCAAGAUGCCGAAGAAAAGACCAAUUUAAUUGAUUUCUCAUUUUGCGACCACAAGUCCGCUUUUGAUCAUUUGCUGUUGAGUAAUGAUCAACGUAAUUCCCUUAUUGAAGAUCGCAAUGAUUUUUGGAAAUUCGUUAACAAAUAUGAAGCUAUGCUCAAAAAUAUGGGUCAACCUGUUUUACCACAACCUCUAGAAGACGGGGACGAUUUAGCUGCAGCAACAUCCAAAACUAAUAAAUUGCACUGUAUUCCCAUUAGAUUGAAUGAAGAAGCGAAGAAAAAUAGGCAUUUCUCUGAUCACCACAGAAAAUAUUCUACAGGUGGUGGUGGAGAUGUUACAGCUUUACGUGAAAAGCAACUUCAGGAAAUUAUUCUAAUAUAUUUGGAUUUCAAACAAAAGGAAAGAUUUGCCAAAAUCAAAAAGUUGAGGAAAACACAGCAAAAUCUACCGAUAUUUAAGUACAAAGAUGCUUUGAAGAAAUCUCUGGAUGAAACUAAUGUUCUUAUCAUUGCCGGAGAUACUGGCUGUGGUAAAUCUACACAAGUGCCACAAUAUUUGUAUGAAUUUGGUUAUAAGAGUAUUGCAUGUACUCAGCCGCGUCGCCUGGCUUGUAUCUCCUUGUCCAAACGUGUUGCCCAUGAAAUGCUGGAUGAUUAUGGAUCGACGGUUGGUUUCCAGAUUCGCUUUGAGAAAAACAAAACUCAGCACACAAAUAUUUUGUUUAUUACAGAGGGUUUGCUCCUGCGACAGUUAGCUCUGGAAUGUAACUUGGAACAAUAUGAUGUUUUGAUAUUGGAUGAAAUCCAUGAACGUAAUUUGUAUGGUGACUUCUUGUUGGGCGUUACCAAAUGUUUGCUGCGUGCCAAACCUACGCUUAAAUUGAUACUCAUGUCUGCCACCAUCAAUGUUGAGCUAUUUCACAACUAUUUCAAAGAUGAGGGUGCAAAGUUACUGCAAGUUCCGGGUCGUUUAUAUCCCAUAAAAACGGUUUAUAUGCCGCCACCAUCCUUGGAGUUGCAGGCAAAGACUUCGUCGCGUUCACAAAAAUCAUCUGGCCGAUUGGAUCCCGCACCAUUUGUGCAGGUUUUAAGUUUAAUUGAUGAAAAGUAUUCAACUACUGAGCGUGGCGAUGUAUUGAUAUUUGUAAGUGGUGUCAACGAAAUAACCACUGUAUGUGAUGCGGCCAAGGAAUAUGCCGAACAACAAUCUCAUUGGAUUAUCUUACCAUUACACAGUGGUCUGUCGUUGGCAGAACAAGAUAAAGUAUUUGAUUACGCUCCCGAAGGAAUGCGCAAAUGUAUUGUUUCCACAAAUAUAGCAGAAACUUCUUUAACUGUGGAUGGUAUACGUUUUGUGGUGGAUUCGGGCAAGGUAAAGGAAAUGUCUUAUGAUGCAUCCUGUAAAGGUCAACGCUUAAAAGAAUUUUGGGUAUCAAAAUCUUCAGCGGAACAGCGUAAAGGUCGUGCCGGUCGUACUGGACCAGGGACAUGCUUUCGUUUAUUUAGUGAAAAGCAAUAUGAUGCCUUUGAACCCUAUCCUACACCGGAAAUCUUUCGUGUUCCACUCGAUUCGAUUCUAUUACAAAUGGUAUCGAUGGGUCUGCCAAAUGUGAGACAAUUUCCAUUCAUAGAAUCGCCUGAUGAAGAAAGUAUUGAACAGACAAUAUUGGGAUUAAAGCAACAUAAUGCCUUUACUCCGGACGAAAAGAUAACCGCCUUGGGAAAGUCGCUGACGAAUUUACCCGUAGAAAUAACUAUUGGCAAAAUGUUACUAAUGGGCUGUGUCUUUCCGGAUGUGGAGAAGAUUUUAACUCUUGCCGCUGUCAUGAGCGUACAAAAUCCAUUUACAAAUCGUGCUUAUACCGAUCCAAAAUGUGAGGAAGCCCGUUCUGCUCUCGAAUCAGAUCAAGGUGAUAUAUUUACAUUGUUAAGGGCCUAUCAUGAAUGGCUGUUAAUAAAAUGGGAAAAUCGAGAGAGCACACGCAAAUGGUGCCAUAAAUUGGGUAUCGAGGAACAAAGAUUCUAUGAAAUCACCAAAUUGCGGAAUCAAUUCCAAAAUAUUUUAGAAUCCUGUAAUAUGACAUCGAACACAUCUAAUGAAGAUAAUUUAACCAGCUCGGAAAGAGCAAAACGUCACGGUGAAGUUCGCAUGUUGAAGGCGAUAAAAAGAAAACAGAAAUAUCAGGAGCCAAGAAAGAGAAAAGUACUCAAACACCACACGCGUGAUGGCGAAGAGGAUUUCGAUGAUGCUGAUGAUGAUAUUAGGGAUGUUGAUUUUCGUUUGUAUAAUGAUGCAGCCAAGUUGGAGGUUUUACUCAAAUCAUCCAAAACAGAUAAACUACGUGAUGUCUUGCUGUUAAAAUUGAUAAUUGUGAGUGGAUUUUAUCCACAAAUAGCUGUAUCCGAUGAAUUCAACUACUGCAAGGGGGGGUCACAACAAUUUUUCCAUACCUUCUUGAAACCCUUCAUCUCCAUACAUCCCAAUUCAUAUUUUGCCAAAUGUUUUGAUAUUCUUAAACUAAAUGACAGUGAUAUAUUGGAGAAACCUGCCUACUAUCUUCCGAAGCAGGCAUUAAGUGAAGCCCAUCAGGUGUUGUGCUAUCAAAAUCUCCUGGAAACCGCCAAACCAUAUCUAAUGAAUUGUGUUCGAAUGCCGGCAGCCCAAAGUUUGCUUUUGUUCUCAUACAGCGUUGAAACAAAUGCCUCAAUCACCCGCAUAAUUUGUGAUUCAUGGUUAUGCUUGGAAUUCCCCACACCUGAGGUGGGAUGUGAAUUGCUAUGCAGAGCCAUUAAACUGCGAAGGUUAUGGAAUAAGCUAUUAAUGGAUAAAUUAACUGAUUUAGAAUUGAGUGUGGAUCAUCCGAAAAACACAACGGAUAAUAAACAAUUACAGGAAGAUUUGUGGUAUGAUUUAAUUAAAUUCAUGAGCCUCAAUGUUGCCUAUACCAUCAAACGUUUAUUGCCGGCCGAUCUAAAGAAUUUAUAUAAUCAUCAGCCGCUGGAGGAUAUAAAUAAUUGCAAAAUAAAUCCUUUUGCUAAAGACUAUGAAAUGACACCGAAUACCGAAAAGGGUGGCAUCAAUAUUGCAGAGAAUUACAUUUAUAAUUGCUUACAAGAACAACAAUGGUGUAUAAUUAUGGACAAUGAAUUGAGUCAGCAUACAUGGACUUGCAGCUAUUGUGAUUACGAAAUGGACUUCAAUGUUAUAGAAAAAUUAAUACAUAAACAAACUUGUAAAGAACGUCAUAAAUCGUCGGCAACAAAUGAACGCAAAUCAAGCAACGAACCAGCAACAACAUCCACAAGCGGCAGCAACAGAAAUAAGAUUAAAUAUAACUGUACCAUAUGCUCUAAGGAAUUAUAUCUAAGUCAAAUAGAUAUAUUAAAACAUAAAAAAGUUUGCUCAAACAAAUAAGGUAUCAUCCAUGCAUAAAAUGUUCCCAUAACAUUGAUAAUGCUAUACGAAAUAAA